AUGUCUUCUGAACCAGACCACGUGAUGUCCGCUGACAUAAACGGAGACGAUGCCAGCAGGAGCCAUGAGAUCAGGCUGGUUCUCAUAGGAAGGACUGGGUCUGGCAAAAGCGCGUCAGGAAACACCAUCUUGGGCCGAAGAAAGUUUGCCUCCCAGGCCAGUGCCAGCUCUGUCACCCGGGUGUGUGAGGUGGGCAGCGCCGAGCUCUCUGCGGAGGAGGGCGAACCAUGUCCUGGGGAAACGCUGAAGAGGAAAAUGCCCAAACUGAAGAGAGUCCAGGUGGUGGAUAUGCCUGGCUUUGGGGACACACAUCUCAGCGAAGAGCAGAUUUCUACUGAGAUAGCCAAAUAUACACUGACAGCGAGGACCAGGCAGCAGAUGAAGUCGCCAGAGUAUUUGGAGAAGAGGCACUCCAUCACCACACUCUAG